AUGAUGAAGAACAUCGGAUCGUUCCAGCUACCGCGGAGUUAUUUCGGAAAUGCCAGAUCAGAUGAAGUUACGGACAUACAGCUGCAUGUAUUCGCUGAUGCAGGCGAGGCGGCGUACGGAAGCGUGGCGUAUUUUCGGACAACUGUACGAGGUAAAGUGCAGUGUGCGCUGGUCAUGAGUCGUGCCAAAGUGGCACCGUUAAAACAGAUCUCAAUACCGCGACUGGAGCUUCUAGCGGCCGUUUUAGGAGCACGUCUAUCACGAAUGGUGUUCGAGAGUCAUAGCUUUACAAUUGACCGGGUGGUGUAUUGGAUCGACGCAAACGUAGUGCUCUCAUGGAUUCGAUCUGACCAGCGAAGGUAUAAACAGUUCGUCGGGUUUCGGAUCGGCGAGAUACUCAGCCUAACGAAGUUGACGGACUGGCGUUGGGUGCCGUCAAGACUAAACGUGGCAGACCAACUAACGAAGUGGGGCAAGGAACCCGAAAUGCAUACUGACAGCACAUGGGCGCGAGGACCAGCGUUUUUGUACAAGAGUGAGCAGGAGUGGCCAGAAAAGGAAAUGCCACCAGCGAACACGAUGGAGGAGCUCCGGAUUCACCUCCUGUUACAUGACGUGAAGGUGCCUGCGGUUUUUGUGGACGUAAACCGUUUCUCGAAGUGGACAGUGUUGGUCCGAACGAUGGCGUGCGUGUUCCGUUUCGUGUCGAACUGUAAGCGAAGGAUUGAAAAGCUGCCGAUUGAGACGCUAAGAGCGACAAGCGGACAAAAUAAAGCACGGAAGUCGAGAACCAUUGCAUCGGUCAGAGUUCCGUUGCAGCAAAAGGAGUACGAGAAAGCGGAGCAGUGUCUGCUGAAAGUGGCGCAGUCGGAGAGCUUCAUCGACGAACUGAAAGUGUUAACGAGAAACAAGGAUCGUCCGGUGAGCCAGUGGAUGACUAUCGAAAAGUCUAGUCCGCUAUACAAGCUGACUCCGCUGAUCGACGAGAAUGGACUGAUCCGGAUGGAGGGUAGAGUGGAGCGAGCGGAAUUUCUGCCAUUCGAUCUGCGAUUUCCGGUGAUUCUGCCGGAUGACCAUCGGAUCACGAGGCUGAUAGUUCAGCACUACCAUGAGAAGAGUGCCCACGGGUACCGUCAAGCAGUGAAGAACGAAUUGCGGCAGAUGUAUGUACAUCCCGCACAUAGAUGCAGUAGUCAGGAAGGUAUCAGCGUCCUGCGUAUGGUGCAAGGUGAAUCGUUGUCGUCCUGA